UCAAACAAGCUAUCUUUGUUUGUACUUACAUCUAUAUACAGAAGGUACCUACGUAAGGCAGAUAAGUAGGUACAUAUGAUACCUACUCUAGUAUAGGUUGUUGACGGACAUUCUACGGACACCCCUAGACAGAGGCUCGGGACAUCAGGGUCUCAGUUCCCAAAAGAGAUAUCAAGUAUCUUGCACGUAAAAUACCACGUAAUGGUGUCUUCAUGACUUCCAAUGCUCUUCUUCAAUACAUGACAAUUAUUUUACCGCAUUCUUUACUCCCUAUACCUGCGUGUGUUUUUUUAUGGACUUGCUUGACUUCGAUUCGAUCUCCUUCCACUCGGUGUAACUCGGCAAACGGCAUCUAGAAUCCCUCUAUCCAUCUAUCCACCCACGUCUUGCAAGAUGAAGUUCCUAUGUCUAUCUGGCGCAUAUGGAAGCGCAGAUAAAUUCCAAGUUCAACUAGCACCUCUUGUGAACGAACUGAUGUCCGAUAACACGGCCUCAUUUCGCUUCAUCGAUGCGCCAUGUGAGGCCGUACCUCCAGAAGGAUUCGAAGACUUCUUCGGAAAACCACCCUAUUACCGAUUCAUAGAGCCUGACGAGAAGGAGACCCAAGAUACCGAUGUCUUGUCUCGAAUUCGAGAUUUCCCCGAGUGCGAUACUGCCGAAGAUACGAUGCGAGAACUUAUGAAAGAAGGUAUCGCGAGCAGUGUACUCAGCACGAAUAGAGCCAUCCAGUUCCUCUUCGACAUCAUGGAUAAAGAGGGCCCCUUCGAGGGAAUCAUUGGGUAUUCCGAGGGAGCUACCGUCGCCGCCACCUUGCUCCUCGCCGAGCAGAGAAGGUUUGAAGAGACGGGGCGACAACCCCAGAUCAAAUGCGCCAUCUUCUUUGCCGGUUGGCCUCCUCUAGAUCCUCGAACAUUCGCAAUGGUGCUCUCCGAUGAAUCUGAUCUCAUGAUCAACAUCCAUACUUGCCACAUCAUCGGUUCUCUAGAUCCCUACGUGGCGGGUUCCAUGGCCCUCUACAACACUUGCGAGCCCGAUACAGCUUACAUCUUCGAUCACGGCAAAGGACAUACACUCCCAAGAGAAAAGGGCGUAAUCAAGGAGCUUGGAGACGUCAUUCGUAACAUGAUAGAGGACGCAUCGGCAUAGACCUGAGUCAUAUGAUAGAACGUUGCUAUAGAUUGUUGCUUGUCUUUGAUUUUUGCCCCCUUGUACUAUGUAGGUAUAUAACUUGACACCUAUUAGAUAAAGUCUUGAAAUUUGAAUUAAUAGCCGAUAUUGAAUUUCUCCCCUGUUUCUCUAUAGUGAUGUAUUGUAUAGGUAGC